AGUGUGGAGGAGAUGCUGAAGCUCGCUCGAGCGAAGCGGGAUCAGCAAGCUCAUUUCGAGGGAAUGCCACACAACUACGGCCGCAUGCGCAACAGGGAGUGGAAGCUGCUGGACCUGCAGAAGCGGCUGGCGGAGGUCGGAGUGGACAGAACAACGGACGACAUAGGGAAGAAGUGGGACAACGUCGUCCAGCAGUACAAGAAGGUGCAGCGUUACCAGAACAUGUCCGGUGGGAAAAACUUCUUCACAUUAACUCCUGCAACGAGAGCGGACGAGGGUUUCAACUUUCGAAUGGAUGAGCGAGUCUUUAAUGAGAUUGACAACAUGUCAAAAAAUAACAAGACCAUCUACCCGGACAACGUGGCAGACACGAGCGCAUGCGGAGGAGUGCCGACAGCAAUGGAUGGUCACCACCAGGCGGCCGUUGGUGGAGAGUCCUCUGCUGGUGGAGAGGGGGGUGAUGGCGUUGACGAAGAUGCGGGUUCAGCGCGGGAGACGGGGUUCAGUGCAGGGAGCACGGGCACUCCAGCGAAGAGGAAGAACAUGCGGCAGCAGACCUUCGACGCCAUCGCCGAAGUCAUGGACAAACACGGUUCAUUGAUGACGGACACGGUAGAGGGUGCAAGCAAACGGCAGUGUAGCAUCCUGGAGCGGCARUGUGACAUCCUCGAUCGGGAGGUUGAAGCCCAGAAGCGCCAGUGUGACAUACUGGAGAGGCAUUACACGGCGUCAGAUGAGGCGAACAAGAUGAUGUGCACGGCGUUGAUGGAGAUUGCCAGAGCGAUAAGGGAUAGAUCUUGACGCCGGUGGCAUGAG